AUGUCUGCACCAAACCCAAAGGCGUUCCCGCUUGCUGACGAAGCAUUGACUCAACAGAUCUUAGACGUUGUUCAACAAGCCGCUAACCUGAGACAAUUGAAGAAGGGUGCUAACGAAGCCACCAAGACUUUGAAUCGUGGUAUCUCCGAAUUCAUCAUUAUGGCUGCUGAUUGUGAACCUAUUGAAAUUCUUUUGCAUUUGCCUUUGCUUUGUGAGGACAAGAACGUUCCAUACGUUUUUGUUCCAUCGAGAGUCGCACUAGGCAGAGCUUGCGGUGUUUCCAGACCUGUUAUUUCUGCUUCUAUUACAACGAAUGACGCUUCCUCUUUGAAGAAUCAAAUCUUUGCUGUCAAGGAUAAGAUCGAAACCUUAUUGAUCUAA